CAUUGUAAUACUAGUCAUCUUCCUCCAUUUUGGCCCACCACUCCUGAAUCCUCUUCCCAAAGUUGAAAAAAAAAGCAGCAAAAGUCUUCUUCCCACCUUCAUCAUCCUUCAUUUUCUCUCUCCUCUAAAGAAAAAAGGCGAAACUUACACUACCCUUUCCAAUUUCAAACUCACUUCUCAAAAACCCAAAUAAAAAGAUCCUAGAUUUCCAAAUUUAUCACCAAAAAUAGCAUGAUUAAGUACUAGUUGAGAAAACCCAAAUCAUAAAAAUUGUUAAUUUCGGUGUGUGUUGAAUCUGGAAUUUUUGGAGUGUUUUUUGAUGGUCCAAAAAUGGCAAUAGCUGAGCAAAGAUCUGACGGAGGAGGCAAAAGUUGGGGUCUUUUUAAGCUCCCAUUUCGUCAAAAUACACCUUCUAUUUCAUCUUCUGGAAUGCAUAGUGUUAAUCAUAACAAUGGUGAAGGCUCUAAUUCUCAACCUACUACUCCAUCUGUUUCUUCCGUUGCUAGAUCUUUGCUUCCUACACGACGUCGUCUUCGCCUUGAUCCCUCCAACAAGCUUUACUUUCCCUAUGAACCUGGUAAGCAGGUCCGGAGUGCAAUAAAGAUCAAGAAUACAAGCAAGUCUCAUGUAGCUUUCAAGUUUCAAACAACUGCACCUAAAAGCUGUUUCAUGCGUCCGCCAGGAGCUAUUCUUGGCCCUGGUGAGAGCCUCAUAGCAACUGUUUUCAAGUUUGUGGAGCAUCCAGAGAACAAUGAAAGACCCUUAGUGGAGCAGAAGAGCAAGGUGAAGUUCAAGAUCAUGAGCCUAAAGGUGAAAGGACCAAUGGACUAUGUUCCGGAAAUGUUUGAUGAGCAGAAGGAUCAAGUCGCUAUAGAGCAGAUACUUCGUGUUAUUUUUCUAGACGUAGAGCGUCCAAAUGCUGCUUUUGAAAAAUUAAACCGCCAAUUAGCUGAGGCCGAGGCAGAGCUUGAAGCACGCAAGAAGCCUCCAGAGGACAAUGGGCCAAAGAUCAUUGGUGAAGGCCUUGUUAUUGAUGAAUGGAAGGAGAGAAGAGAGAGAUACCUUGCUAAACAGCAGGUUGAAGGGGUGGAAUCAACAUAAAUAACGGUCACCUUUUCCUCCUCAUCUGGGCUUGUAACCGAGUAAAUCGUUCCACACCCAUAGAACUUAAAGUCGCCGCAUUUGAUCCCACCAAGUAUUGUGUAUCUCUGGUAUCACCUAGGAUUGUACUAUAAAAUGAGAUGGUUAUUUAGGAAAAAAACAUUGUUGUUGAGCACUUGAAAGGCUCUUGUGAUUUUGGAAGGGUGUGGAAGCUUCCCUUGCCAAGUUGAUUUGUGAUUUACUGUAGAUAAAAAUGUAGUUUGUAAGAAUGUGAUGAAACUCUAUAAAUCUCGUCUCUUGUUGUGAACA